GAGAUGACGAGGUAGCCGGCGGCGCCAGAGCCCGCCUGGCUGGGGAGACCUCGGCCGCCUCCGGACCUGCUUCCAGCGCCCGGCGAGGGACUGGCGGGCGCGCACUCUUCCCAGCAGCCGCCCCUUGGUCACCCUGCAGGGCCCAUGUGGACAGGGGGCGGCCCAGUGUCCCCCAUGGCUGCUCGCCAAGAGCCCGGUGGCGACUACCAUCGCCUGGCAGACUACGAAGAUGACUCUCCGCAGGAGGAGGAGGAGGAGGAGGAGGAGCUGCUGGUGCACGUCACGGAGGGGCUGAAAGAUUCCUGGCACCACAUCAAGAACCUGGACCACUUCUUCACCAAAAUCUACCACUUCCACCAGAAGAACGGCUUUGCCUGCAUGAUGCUCUCGGACAUCUUCGAGCUGGUGCAGUUCCUGUUUGUGGUCACCUUCACCACCUUCCUGCUCUGCUGCGUGGAGUACGACGUGCUUUUUGCCAACCGGCCUGCCAACCACACCCACCCAGGGGGCGGCCUGGCGCCCGACAGGAGCAAGGUGACGCUGCCCGACGCCAUCCUGCCCACGCCACAGUGCACGCAGAGGAUCCGGGCCAGCGGCUGGAUCAUCUUCCUGCUGGUGAUGGCUGCCACCUUCUGGCUCUACCGCUUGGUGAAGGUGCUGUGCAGCCUGCUGGGCUACUGGGAGAUCCGUGCCUUUUACACCAAGGCCCUCAAGAUUCCCUCGGACAAGCUGUGCAGCUGCAGCUGGCAGGAGGUGCAGGCGCGGCUGAUCUCGCUGCAGCGGGAGCAGCAGAUGUGCGUGCACCGGCGGGAGCUGACGGAGCUGGACAUCCACCACCGCAUCCUGCGCUUCAAGAACUACCUGGUGGCCAUGGUGAACAAGGCGCUGCUGCCCGUCGGCUUCCGGCUGCCGCUGCUGGGCGAGGGGGUCUUCCUGACGCAGGGCCUCAAGUACAACCUGGAGCUCCUCUUCUUCUGGGGGCCGGGCUCCCUCUUCCAGGGCAAGUGGAACCUCCAGCCCCAGUACAAGCGGGCAGGGGCGCGCCUGGAGCUGGCCCGCCGCCUGGGCCGCAGCAUGCUGCUGCUGGGGCUGGCCAACCUGCUGCUCUGCCCCUUCAUCCUGGUCUGGCAGGUGCUCUACGCCUUCUUCAGCUACACGGAGGUGCUCAAGCGGGAGCCCGGCAGCCUGGGGGCCCGCCGCUGGUCGCUCUACGGCCGCCUCUACCUGCGCCACUUCAACGAGCUGGACCACGAGCUGCAGGCCCGCCUGAGCCGCGGCUACAAGCCUGCCUCCAAGUACAUGAACUCCUUCACCAGCCCGCUGCUCACCCUGCUGGCCAAGAACGUGGGCUUCUUUGCCGGCUCCAUCCUGGCCGUGCUGAUCGCCCUGACCGUCUACGACGAGGAUGUCCUCACUGUGCAGCACAUCCUCACCGCCAUCACCCUCCUGGGGCUCGUGGUGACCGUGGCCAGGUCCUUCAUCCCCGAUGAGCACCUGGUGUGGUGCCCAGAGCAGCUGCUGCAGUGCGUCCUGGCGCACAUCCACUACAUCCCCGACCACUGGCAGGGCAACGCCCACAAGUCGGAGACCCGCGAGGAGAUGGCCCAGCUCUUCCAGUACAAGGCCGUCUUCAUCCUGGAGGAGCUGCUCAGCCCCAUCGUGACGCCCUUCCUCCUCAUCUUCGCCCUGCGCGCCAAGGCCCUGGACAUCAUCGACUUCUUCCGCAACUUCUCUGUCGAGGUGGUGGGCGUCGGGGACAUCUGCUCCUUUGCCCAGCUGGACAUCCGCAACCAUGGCAAUCCGCAGUGGCUGUCGCAAGGCCGGACGGAGGCCUCUGUCUACCAGCAGGCGGAGAACGGCAAGACGGAGCUUUCGCUCGUCCACUUUGCCAUCACCAACCCGCGCUGGCAGCCGCCGCCCGAAAGCUCCCUCUUCAUCGGGCACCUCAAGGAGAAGGUGCAGCAGGAUGCGGCCCACGCCCCGCCUGCCCAGCGCCUCCUGGCUGAGGCCCCCUUGGGCACCUCCUUGCUCUCGGACGAGGGGCCCAGCACCGUGCCGGACGCCCUGCUGGCCAGUGUCCUGGCUCACCCCGUCCUGGCAGCGGAGCGGCGCCUCCUCAGCCCCCCGCCGGGCAGCACAGCCAGCGCCGCCGCCAGCAUCCUGGCCUCGCUCUCCAGUUCCCGGCCGCCUCGGCGCAGCUGCCCCCCGGGCGAGACCUCGGUCUACCGCAGCGACAGCACCCUCCUGGGGGACAGCGUCGCUCCGCCUGAGUCGCACCAGACGCCCCUGACCCGCUCCGUGGUGCUGUCGGAGUUGGCUUCAGCCGAGAUGAGUCUGCACGCCAUUUACAUGCACGAGCUCCACCAGCAGCAGCAACAGGCACCGCGCCCUGCUCCCUUGCAGCGCUCAGCACAAGCAGCUUCUGCAAGGCAACCCUGCGGCCAGGAUCUGCCCCUCGGGGGCUGGGAGGAGGAGGAGGAGGAGGAGACUCGGGCACAGCAGCCGGAGAGGGAGAAGAGCUAGCGCUCGGCCGCAUCCUUCCCUCUGGGCGUUUCCUCUAGGCAGUCAAAGGCUGCCGCCGCCAUGCUGGGACCGUCCCUCCCGCUGCCGGAGCGUGGCCAGAAGAGGGCGGCUGUGGCUGCUGGCCCAGGCGGUGCAGGAGUGGGGUGCAGCUGCCCCUCCCUCGGCUGUGGACUGGGUGAGAGGGGGCUCCAUCCGUGCUGGCGCUGGCUCCCUCCUCGCUUUGGGUGUGUGCCCUUCUUUGGGGUGAAUAAGCUAUGGGCUGGAUCAGGCCCUGCACGGUGCUACUCGUAUUUAUAGGGUUUCUGUGGUCAGUCCUGAAUGACUUGGGGUAGGGGCAAGGCGGCUGAGCAGCAGGAGGUGCCUCUGUUGCUGCCCCCCCCCCGGCUUACCCUGCCUUCUCCCCCCCCCCGUGUCACCAGGGUGGUGCCCAGCCGUCUCCCUGGCGCAGAGUUGUGGCACUGCUAGCACUUGGGGGGGGGUGUUGGGGGGGGCGCCGUGGUGCUCCCCCCUCAGGACAAUAAAUGUUUACAGAUGGGGCU